AUGGCCUUGAGCAGUGGCCCGGAAGCUGGGUUGCUGGUGUUGCCCGUGCUCAGACGCUCGUUGGUGGAGACCGGCCAGCAGCCCGUUCCCCAUACCCGUGCCCCGAAAGUGCGUGCUGGGCGGGCUCUGCCAGAAGCAACUCCUCCCAGGACUCUUGGGCAACAUCGGGGUCUUAAGCAAGAUGGGGGCUCGGCCCCCCACGGGACCGGGAAGGUGGGGGGCUGUGGCCCUGUCCCAGGUGCCGGGAGGAUGCUGGAGGCGGCCCGUUAUCCGGACUGGAACGUCUCCUUCCCCAGCUCCAGGUGCAUUCAGAGCCUCGGGCUGCCUCUCCGGCCUCCCUCCCAACGCACCGUCUCCCGCAGCCCCUGCUCGGCCAGGACAGCGGCUCACACUUCAACCCCCCCCCCCGCAGUGCGCAGGCGCAGGCCCUCCCCACAGUGGCCACAGAGCCUGCUGGGGACUGUAGUAGUCCACGUGGCAGCGCGCGUGCGCAGUGCGGGCCAGCGAAUGCCUUGGCACUUCAUUGGAUCUGUCACCCCAAAUGGCAGCGCAGGGUGUCACUGCACCUGUCAGGCAUUGUGGGGCUUCAACUGGAAGCCUGCGGGGGCAGGGGAGGCUGAGAGAGUCAGUGCGCAUGCGCCAGGCCACCCGGGCUGCUGCCGCAGAGGCCCGGGAGGCCGCAGGGACCGAGCCAGCUUGGCCGGGAGGGGGGGGGGAGCGAGGGAGCCAGAGCGAGUGCGCAGGCGCGAAGCAACAGCUGCCGCAGAGCAGAGCCUGGGGCACGUCCGCAGGAGCCGGCGCUGGUGUCAAGGGUCCCGGCCGGCUCUCCAGGAGGCCCCCCCUCCUGCUGGGAGAAGAAGGGGGGCUGCCCAGGCGGACGCGAGGACCAUGGAGGACCCGGACCGAAGGCUCGAGGAGGGAGGGGAGCCCCCUCGGGAGGGGAGGAGGCGGCGGCGGCGAAGGAAGGACAAGGAGCCGCUGGUCCCCAGCCACUUCCAGGCAUCAGUGACAUUCCAGGACGUGGCUGUGGACUUCAGCCGGGAUGAGUGGAGGCGCCUGGAUGCUGCUCAGAAGGCCCUCUACCGGGAGGUGAUGUUGGAGAACUACGAGAACCUGGUUUCUCUGGGGCUUCCUGUUUCCAAGCUGGACGUGAUCUCUCUGUUGGAUAGAAGAGAAGCCCCACGGAGGUUGAGGGAACGUGCCCCCAGAGACCCUCAGCCAGAUUCCAUUAGUGAAGAGCCCGGGUUUGGAACGAAGGUAAUAGAUCGGAAGCAGAACAUUUCCAUGAAGACAUCAUCUAAGAAAAAACAACCAAAGGUUCUUCCUUUGCAUUCCAAGAUGACAGAUACUGGAAAAUGUGAUGUUAAUUUAGAGAAACAGAAGGGCAACCCAGAGAGACAAUCCAGACAAAUAACAAUCACUCUGAGAAAAACUUUUAGUAAAGGGAGGGUACCUGGCAGAAAUUGUAGCUUGGGGUCAGUCUCUGUUCCACUGUGGAGAAGGAAGAGUCUUAGAAAAUAUGAGACACUUGGAAUGAGCUUUGGGGAUAUAAAUAAGAACCUUUCUAAGUAUAACAAAUUUAGGAAGCCUUUCACUUAUCAUUCAGACCUAAUUAAAUUUCAUAGACUACGUGGCAGAGAAAAACUUUAUGAACACAAUGAAUGUAGAAAAGCCUUUGGGAGACAAUCAAAUCUUGUUAGAAAAUUAGACAUUCCUACAAGACAGAAAUAUUACAAACGUAACAAAUAUUGGAAAGUCUUUAACCGAAGGGGAGAACUGAUUUAUCAGAGAAUUCCUCCGGGAAUAAAAUUCUUUGAGUGUAAUGUGUGUGGGGAAGCCUUUAAGGAAAAAGAAAUGCUUGAAAAACAUCAAAGAAUUCAUACUGGAAAGAAACAUUUUGAAUGUAAUAAAUGUAGGAAAAGCUUCAGCCGAAAAGAAAAUCUAAUUACCCAUAAGAGAACUCAUACUGAAGUGAAAUCUUUUGAUUGUAGUGUCUGUGGGAAAAGUUUUGGACGGAAGGUACACCUUGUUAGACAUCAUAAAAUUCAUACUCGAGUGACUUCAUUUGAAUGUAAAGAAUGUGGGAAAGUCUUUGGUGAAAGAGAAUGCCUUAGUAUCCACCAAAGAACUCACACUGGAGAGAAACCUUUCUCAUGUAGUGAAUGUGGGAAAGCCUUCAGUGAGUGUAAAGCUCUCAAAAGCCAUGAGAAAAUUCAUAGUGGAGAGAAACCCUUUGAAUGUGAUGUAUGUAGGAAAGCCUUCAGUCAGAAGGGACACCUUAUUUCUCAUCAGAGAACUCAUACUACAGUGAGACCUUUUGAAUGUAAUGUAUGUAAGAAAUCCUUCAGUCAGAAGGGACACCUGGUUUCUCAUCAGAAAACUCAUAAAUGUAACCAAUGUGGGAAAAUCUUCAGUGAUAGUAAUGUACUCAAAGACCAUCAGAGAACUCAUACUGAAGAGAAACUCUUUAAAUGUGAUAACUGUGGGAAAGGCUUUAUACAUAAAUCAUACCUUGUUAAACAUCAGAUAACUCACAUUGAAAAGAAAAAUUUUGAAUGUAAUGAGUGUGGGAAAGCCUUUCAUACAAAGGAACACCUCAGUACACACCAGAAAACUCAUACGGGUGAGAAACCCUUUAAGUGUAGUGAAUGUGAGAAAGGCUUCAGCCAGAGGGAAAAUCUUAUUAAACAUCAGACAACUCAUACUGGGGAGAAACCCUUUGAAUGUAAUGUUUGUAAAAAAACCUUCAGGCAGAGAGCACAUCUGGUAUCUCAUCAGAGAACUCAUACUGGGGAGAAACCCUUUGAAUGUAAUCAGUGUGGGAAAGCCUUUGGUGAGAAGCGAAGCCUUAAUAGACAUCAGAAAAUUCAUUCUGGAGUGAAACCCUUUACGUGUAAUGAAUGUAAGAAAACCUUCAGCCGAAGGACAGGCCUUAUCGUCCAUCAGAAAGUUCAUACUGGAGAGAAAGGUUUUGAAUGUAAGGUAUGUAGGAAAUCUUUCAGUCAGAGGAGAACUCUGCUGUCUCAUCAGAAAGCUCAUGCUGAAGGAAAACCUUUUGAAUGCAGUGAAUGUGGGCAAACCUUCAGUAAGAAGGAGAUGUUAGAAGCUCACCAGAAAAUUCAUGCUGGGGGGAAACCCUAUACAUGUGAUGAAUGUGGGAAAGGUUUUGUGAGGAAGGAUUACCUUAUUAGACAUCAGAAAACUCACACUGGAGAGAAACCCUUUAAGUGUAAUGAAUGUGGGAAAGGCUUUGUCCAGAAGGUACACUUCAUUUAUCAUCAGAGAAUUCAUGCUAAAACAAAAAAUUUUGAAUGUAGUGAGUGUAAAAAAGCCUUCGGUGACAAGGUACUCCUUAGUAGACAUGAGAAAACUCAUUCUGGAGUGAAACCUUUUAAAUGUAAUGAAUGUAAGAGAGCCUUCAGCCAAAGGACAAGCCUUAUUAUCCACCAGAGAUCUCACACUGGAGAGAAACCCUUUCCAUGCAAUGAAUGUGGGAAAUUUUUCACCCAAAAGACAGUCCUCCUUACUCAUCAGAAAAUUCAUACUGGAGUGAAACCCUUUACAUGCAAUGAAUGUGGGAAAGGUUUCACCCAAAAGGUAGUCCUUAUUAACCAUCAGAAAAUUCAUAUUGGAGAAAAACCUUUGACUUGUAGUGAAAAAGAGGAAACCUCCAGUAAUAGUAAAAUACCCCAAAGCCAACAGAAAGUUCAUUCUGGAGAGAAGCGAUUUUGUUGUGGUGAAUGUGGUAAAGGCUUCUGCUGGAGAGCAAACCUUAUUAGACAUCGGAAAACUCACACUGGAGAGAAACCCUUUGAAUGUAAUGAAUGUGGGAAAGCCUUCACUGAGAGGAAUUACCUUGUUGUCCAUCAGAGAAUUCAUACUGGAGAGAAACCCUUUGAAUGUAAUGAAUGUGGGAAAGCCUUCAGCCGAAGAACAAAUCUUAUAACCCAUCAAAGAAUUCAUACUAAAGAGAAACCUUUCCCAUGUAAUGAAUGUGGAAAAGCCUUCAGUAGGGGUAAAGCCCUCAAAAAGCAUCAGAGAAUUCAUACUGGAGAGAAAUUUUUUGAAUGUAAUGUAUGUAAGAAGGGCUUCAAUCAUAGGGGACACUUGGUUUCUCAUCAGAGAACUCAUAAGAGAGGGAAACCUAUCUCUUGUGAUCAAUGUGGGAAAAUCUUCAGUCGAAAGACAGUCCUUGUUAGACAUCAGAAAACUCAUUCUGGAGAGAAACCAUUCUCAUGUAGUGAAUGUGGGAAAGCCUUUGGUGAAAGUGAAACCCUCAAAAGGCAUUGGAGAGUUCAUACUGGAGAGAAACCCUUUGAAUGUAAUGUGUGUAAGAAAGCCUUUAGUCAGAAGGGGCACCUGCUUUCCCAUCAGAGAACUCAUACUGCAUUGGAACUCUUUGAAUGUAAUGAACGUGAAAAAACUGCCAGUCAGAAGGAUCCUCUUAUUGCCCAUCAGAGAACCCAUGCUGGGGGAAAACCUUUCACAUGUGUUGAAUGUGGGGAAGCUUUCAGUGAGAUUAAAGACCUCAAAAAACAUCAGAGAACUCAUAGUGGAGAGAAGUCUUUUACAUGUAGUGAAUGUGGAAAAGUUUUCAGUGAGAAUGAGGCCCUGAAAAAGCAUCAGAAAAUUCAUACUGAAGGGAAACCCUUUGAAUGUAAUAUAUGUAAGAAAGCCUUUAAUCAGAAGGAACACCUGAUUUCUCAUCAAAAAACCCAUAUUACAGUGAACUUCUUUGAAUGUAUUGAAUGUGAGAAAACCUUCAGUGAGAAGGAUCAUCUUAUUACCCAUCAGAAAACCCAUGCUGGGGUAAAACUUUUCACAUGUAUUGAAUGUGGGGAAGCCUUCAGUGAGAGUAAAGACUUCAAAAAACAUCAGAAAACUCAUAGUGGAGAGAAAUCUUUCACAGGUAGUGAAUGUAGGAAAGCCUACAGUGAGAGUGAGGCCCUCAAAAAGCAUCAGAAAAUUCAUACUGAAGGGAAACCCUUUGAAUGUAAUGUAUGUAAGAAAGCCUUUAGUCAGAAGGAACACCUGAUUUCUCAUCAAAAAACUCAUACUGCAGUGAAACUCUUUGAAUGUAAUGAAUGUGGGAAAACUUUCAAUGAGAAAGAUAGUCUUAUUAGCCAUCAGAGAACCCAUACAGGGGGAAAACCUUUCACAUGUAUUGAAUGUGGGGAAGCCUUCAGUGAAAGUGAGACCCUCAAAAAGCAUCAGAAAAUUCAUGCUGGAGAGAAACCCUUUGAGUGUAAUGUAUGUAAGAAAGCCUUUAGUCAGAAGGGACACCUGAUUUCUCAUCAAAAAAUUCACACUGCAUUAAAACUCUUUGAAUGUAAUGAAUGUGAGAAAACUUUCAGUGAGAAGGAUCAUCUUAUUACCCACCAGAGAACACAUACUGAGGGAAAACCUCAGUAUAUUGAAUGUGGAGAAGGCUUCAAUGAAAAUGAAGCCCUCAAAAAACAUCAGAAGACCCAUAGUGGAAAGAAACCCUUUGAAUGUAAUGUAUGUAAGAAAGACUUUAGUCAGAAGGAACACCUAAUUUCUCAUCAAAAAACUCAUACUGCAGUGAAACUCUUUGAAUGUAACGAACAUGAGAAAACCUCCAGUGAGAAGGAUCAUCUUAUUACUCAUCAGAGAACCCAUACUGGGGAAAAACCUUUCACAUGUAUUGAAUGUGGGGAAGCUUUCUGUGAGAGUGAAGAUCUCAAAAAACAUCAGAAAACUCAUAGUGGAGAGAAGCCCUUUGAAUGUGAUGUAUGUAAGAAAGCCUUUAGUCUGAAGGGACACCUGAUUUCUCAUCAAAAAACUCAUAUUACAGUGAACUUCUUUGAAUGUAUUGAAUGUGAGAAAACCUUCAGUGAGAAGGAUCAUCUUAUUACCCAUCAGAAAACCCAUGCUGGGGUAAAACUUUUCACAUGUAUUGAAUGUGGGGAAUCCUUCAGCGAGAGUAAAGACCUCAAAAAACAUCAGAGAACUCAUCGUGAAGAGAAAUCUUUCACAUGUAUUGAAUGUGGGAAAGCUUUCAGUGAGAGUGAAGCCCUCAAAAAGCAUCAGAAAGUUCAUUCUGGAGAGAAGCCCUUUGAAUGUAAUGUGUGUAAGAAAGCCUUUAGUCAGAAGGAACACCUGAUUUCUCAUCAAAAAACUCAUAUUACAGUGAACUUCUUUGAAUGUAUUGAAUGUGAGAAAACCUUCAGUGAGAAGGAUCAUCUUAUUACCCAUCAGAAAACCCAUGCUGGGGUAAAACUUUUCACAUGUAUUGAAUGUGGGGAAUCCUUCAGUGAGAGUAAAGACCUGAGAAAACAUCAGAGAACUCAUCGUGGAGAGAAAUCUUUUACCUGCAGUGAAUGUGGGAAAGCCUUCAGUGAGAGUGAAGCCCUCAAAAAGCAUCAGAAAGUUCAUGCUGGAGAGAAGCCCUUUGAAUGUAAUGUAUGUAAGAAAGCCUUUAGUCAGAAGGAACAUCUGAUUUCUCAUCAAAAAACUCAUACUUCAGUGAAACUCUCUGAAUGUAAUGAAGGUGGGAAAACUUUCAAUGAGAAGGAUAGUCUCGUUAUUCAUCAGAGAACUCAUAGUGGAGAGAAACCGUUCACAUGUAAUGAAUGUGGAAAAGCCUUCAAUGAGCGUAAAGCCCUCAAAAAGCAUCAGAGAAUUCAUACUGAGGAGAAAUCCUUUGACUGUAAUCAAUGUGGGAAAGUCUUUGGUGAGAAAGAACAUCUUAUUACACACCAGAAAACCCAUACUGGAGAGAAAGCCUUUGAGUGUAGUGAAUGUGGGAAAAACUUCAGCCGGAAGGAAAAUCUUGUUAGACAUCAAAUAAUUCACACUGGGGAGAAAUCUUUUGAACGUAACAAAUAUAGGAAAUCUUUCAGUCAGAGGAUGCACUUCAUUUAUCAUCAGGGAAUUCAUGCUGGAAAGAAACCCUUUGAAUGUAGUGAGUGUGGGAAAGCCUUUAGUGAGAAACGAACGCUUAAUAGACAUCAGAAAACUCAUACUGGAGUGAAACCCUUUAAAUGUAAUGAAUGUAAGAAAGCCUUCAGCCGAAGGACAAUCCUUAUUAUCCAUCAGAGAACUCAUACUGGAGUGAAACCUUUUAUAUGUAAUGAAUGUGGUAAAGCCUUCAGCCAAACCGGACAUGUUAUCCGACACCAGAGAACUCAUACUGGAAUGAAACCGUUUGAAUGCAAUGAAUGUGGGAAAUCCUUCAGUGAGAAGGAUCAUCUUAUUACCCAUCAGAGAUCUCAUACUGGAGAGAAACCCUUUGCAUGUAAUGAAUGUGGGAAAGCCUUCAGCCGAAGAACAAUUCUUAUUACCCAUCAGAGAACACAUACUGGAGUGAAGCCCUUUGAAUGUAAGGAAUGUAGGAAAGCUUUCAGCCAGCGGGGACACCUCAUUUAUCAUCAGAGAAUUCAUACUGGAGAGAAGCCCUUUGAAUGUAACGAAUGUGGAAAAGCCUUCAGCUGGAGGGCAAACCUACUGACUCAUCGUAGAACUCAUAGUGAAGCGAAACCCUUUGCAUGUAAAGAUUGUGGGAAGACCUUCAUUGAGAGGCAAACCCUUUUCAGACAUAAGAGAACUCAUACUUCACCAAAAUCCUGUUCAUUGUAAUGAAUGUGGAUAGGUUUUUGGUGAGAAGCAGACCAUCACCGAAAAGAGAAAGAACACAGAAUUGAUAUCUUUUGAUAUGUUAUUAAUAUGGCAAAGCCUUUAGUGAGAAUAAAGUACUAAAAAGCCACCAAAGAUACUGGAGAGAAAGGGUGCUGUUCCAGGUAGAGUGACUGGGUAGUAUUAGGACACAUGACAAAACAGUCUGGUUGAAAGCUGACUACAUAUAUUAGUGCAGUUUGCAUUCAUCACUCGAGACUUCUAUCUGCCUCUCCUGCCCCAGCCUAUCUGCUGACCUCCAGUUCUCAUUUCCAGUUGCCUUUCAACACCUCAAGCUGCUUAUCCAGUAGACAUCUUAAAUGAAGCAUCUCCAAGACACAACUCAUCUUUCCCCCUAAACCCUUCCCCCUCCUACCUCCUCUAUUAUCCACAUACCCUUCUCUCAGGCUCACAACCUAGGAGUCAUUUUGAACUCAUUCUUUCACACACAUACCCAUAUCUCCAUCUGUUGCCAAGAUCUAUCGAUUUCACUUCUGCAACAUCUCAUAUGUGCUUCUCUCCUCUGACACUGCCACCACUCUAGCGGAGACCCUCAUUACCUCAGACCUGGACUAUUACAAUAGUCUGCUGGUGGGUCUGCCUGCCUCAAGUCUCUUCCUGCUACAGUCCAUCCUUCCAUCAACCAUCAAAGUGAUUUUCCAAAAGUGAAGGUCUGCCCAUGUCACUUCUCUACUCAAUAAACUCCAGUGGCACCUGUUGCCUCUAGGGUCAAAUACAAAAUGCUCUGUUUGGCAUUCAAGCCCUUCAUAACCUAGCCCCCUUCUCCUUUUUCAGUUUUCUUACACUUCAAUCACUGCCAUGUGCUCUUAAAUCCAGUGAUACUGGUCUCCUGGUUGUCCCAUGAGCGAGACACUCCCAUCACUUGGGCAUUUUCUCUGACUGUCCCCCAUGCUUGGAAUGCUCUCCCUCCUCAAUUCCAACUACUAACUUCCUUGGCUUCCUUUAAGUCCCAACUCAAAUCCUAUCUUUUACAGGAAGCCUUUCCCAACUCCUCUUAAUUCUAGUGCCUUCCCAUUGUUAUUUCUUAUUUAUUCUGUAUCUAGCUUGCUUUGUUUAUAUUUUUAUGUUUAUCUCUUCCAUUAGGUCAUAAGCUCCUUGAGAGCAGCAACCGUCUUUUGCCUUUUUCUUUUUAUCCUUUGAGCUUAGCACAGUGCCUAGUGCACAGUAGGCAAUAAAUGUUUAUCAUUUGACAAAGAAAAGCCAUCAGAACCCCCAGGGAAGAGUUCAAAAGAUGAGUACAUCAACUCACCCUAGGACUGGGGUCAUAGUUUCUGGAGGUUCUGCUCGUAGGAUGCUAUUCCAGGUAGGGACAAAAGGGCAGCAUCAGGCCUUUGGCAAGAUAGACAUCUGUGUAAUGAUGGGAUCCUGAGAUCCUGAGAUUCACAUCCUUAGAUACUAUUAGAUUGCAGUAGAAUUCUAUAAAUCAGUGGAGCAAAUGUGACUGAUUCUGGAUUUGAUUUCUUAAUUGAACAUUUCCCCCAAACUACUGCAAUGUUAUUUGUUUACCUAAGGGUAAAUUUACCCAUAUUUUCUUUCAUUUUAUUUUUUAUUCUAUGUAACAACAAAAUCAGAGAUGAAAACAAGAAGAAAAUCUGUGUAAAAACAGUAAGUUUUUUUUGUAGUUAAAACAAAUGUGAAUAUUUUAACGUGACCAAAAAAGGUCUUCUUUGCUGCCUUUGCCCCUAUGGCUUCCUGCCGCUGAUGAGUUCCUCCUGGAACCUCCAUUUUGAGGAAGGGCCUAGACCAGCCACCUUCCAGCCUCUGAGCUUUGCCCCCAGAUCUUGCUCUACCCUUUUCCGUUCCCUUUUAUAUGUUGUCUUAUUAGAAUGUAAGCUCCUUGAGGGCAUGAACUGUCUUUUUGCUUCUCUUUGUAUCUCCAGUGCUUAGCACAGUGCCUGAUACAUUGUAAGUGUGCUUAAUACCUAUUGACUUUGGAAGUCUUUCUUUAUAUUUAUAUGACUGUGAUAUUGUUGUUCCUUAUAUAAUCAUCCUCAGUGGGUGUAUUGUUCUUACUCUAUAGUCUUCACUUUGUAUUACUUAAUAUAAAUCUUUUUCUUUGGAAUUUACAGAUGAGAUGAUAGUGGAUAGAGUGCUGGGCCCAGAGUUAGCAAUAACUGAAUUCAAAUCUGACUGCAGAUGUUUACUAGUUGUGUCACCCUGGGCAAGUCACUUAACUUUAAUUUCCUCAAUUCUAAAAUGGGGGUAAUAAUAGGGCCUACUUCCCAGGGUUUUUGUGAGGAUCAAAUGAGAUAUAUAUAAGUUGCUUAGCACAGUGCCUGGCACGUAGUGGGCACUAUGUAAAUGCCAGCUGCUAGUAUGAUCGCCAUCAUUAUUAGAUGUGUCGUAUCUUGGGGGCACAUCAGUAUUACAUUAUUUUUAUAAAAACGUGUUUACCUAUUUCCCCCAGUCAAAGAAUGUGAAGGGGUUUUUUGCUAUUAUGAAUAAUGCUUCUAUGAGUAUUUUUGUGCAAAUAGAUUCUAUAUCCCUGUUCCUGCUACUGUACCCUAAUGCAUGAGAUCUAUGUAAAUGCUAUUGGGCAUGGGACUGAAUUGCCAUGACUCCAAGAGAGAUUCAGGUCUUUUUUUUUUCUUGGAAAAGUCCCUGACACCAAAUGCCAUCAUAGACUCUUUUAUGGCCAUCUUGUUUGUCGAUACUUUCUGCUGUUGGUGGAUCCACUUGUACUUGGUGCCUCUCUCACAGCUACCAGCCCUCCUUUUGCAGAGCUCUAUUAUUCACUCAUUGGUUUCAUUCUAUCACUUUUUUCCCCGCUGUUGCUUCUGUACUUCUUGUGCUGGACAGACUCAUCAAUUAAGAGUUUCUGUCAAACUACAUUGUCAUUCUGAUUUUCUUUGGUGUUUUAAAAAAUUAUUAAUGUGAUAGAUAUCAGUAAACGUGACCAUUUCCAUAUCCAAAUGAACAGAACGAGAAAGGCUUAGGGCCAUCGGAGAAGCCAUCAGUGGUGACCAGAUUGCAGACAUCUAGCCUGCCUGCUGACCCUAAGCCUUUCCAGAAUGGCAUCAUGAAGAGCCACCACCAUCAGAAGUAUGCACCCAUCUUGCCUUCCCCCUUUGCUCAGGCCUCCUGACUACUCAAGUUUUCUCUGAUGGGAUGGAGCACCAUCAGGCUUUACUGUCCACCCUGUCCCUUCCUCCCAAGAUCCUCCAAGCCUUACCAUACGCUGUGCCUCUAUGCUCUUCAGUCCUUUAGCCCUGUCACCUUAACUACCUAAAUAAAGGCCUAUCCGUGUAGGAGCUCUUGGCCUUGCUGUCUCCCCUGCUGCAGCGCCCAUCUGCUCUGCACCCGAAUGUUCUUUAAUGUGUUUUCUCCCCCGGUGAGAGUGUGAGCUCUUUGAGAGCAGAUCCUGUCUGGAUUUUUCUAUUUGUAUUCCCAUUGCUAGCCCAAAGCUUGGUGUAUAGUAAGCACUUAAUCAUUGUUUAUUUAUAUCCAUAAACCUUUUGAAAAAUUAAUUCUCAACUUAAGAAACACCAGUUAAAAGCUAGCAUUUCCAUAUACGUAAUAGAACAGAAACAGGAUUUCAUAUGAAACUGAAUCUCUAUUUUGGCUUGUGUUUGUUUGUAGCUAUAUAAUAAAUUCAAAUGUAACUUUCAAA